UCUGGGCUCCACCACCCCCAUGCUCGCCGUACUAAUGCUCUCCACAAAACUUGCAUUGCCACUUCCUUAUCGAAGCAGAGCAAACAUUAUUAUGAUAGAUAGUCGAAAAGUCGUUGUGCGUUUUUGGUCUACCCAACCAUGCAUGCUAUACGUAUGGCUAUUUUCAUUGGAUUUUUGUACGAUGUUGAAGAUCGAACCAAAAUGCAUCACGUCGUUGGAUUGCAAUGUCGUACCGAACGAAAUUGGACAGGAGGUGUUUGUAGUUUGGUUCUCGUUACCUUCCGCAGGUUCCCAGAAAAAUGUGUCAGUAUGUAGGGUGUGGUCAUGGUUUAAUGAACCACGCGAACCACGCCGUGGUCAUUUCCGCAAAAAGUAAAAAAAGGAAAGCUGCGAGAUCUUAACUUGCUCCUGCUCCCCAUAUAUAUCCCACGAGCAAGGAAAUGCUACACCCAGAAAGCCUUACGUUGAGUUUUAUUCAUAAGCCUUUGUAAAUCCCUUCGUAGGACACCCCCAAGCCACACAGCACACCCUUAUCGAAAAAAAAAGCCAUACAGCACGCAGUCCACACACACGAUCGAGCGCAAACUCACGUUCUGGCUGCUGCUCCGGCGAUCAAUGAAAGGUGGCGGUGUCAAAAUCUUGUCGCGGCGCAUGGUCAUGCCGGAGUACGAAGCGAGCUCGCGGCCUCGGGAGCCUGACACCGUCCACCUGACGCCAUGGGACCUGCGGCGGAUCACCGUUGACUACAUCCAGAAGGGCGUCCUCCUGCCCAAGCCUCCGACCGGCGUCCACGUCGUCGAACACCUCGCGUCGUCCUUCGCGCGCGCCCUGGGCCGCUUCUACCCCCUCGCCGGCCGCUUUACCGUCGCGCCAGUGGCCAACGACGGCAACGGGGCGCCGUCACCUCGACCGGGCCUCACGAUCUCGCUUCGCUGCAGCGACGAAGGCGCCGAGUUCGUCCACGCCGUGGCGCCCGGGGUCACCGUCGCCGACAUCACCGGGGCGCUCUGCACCCCACGUGUGGUCUGGUCCUUCUUCCCUCUCAACGGGGUGCUCGGGACGGACGCGGUCGUCGACCCCAGCCUGCCGCUCCUGGCCGCGCAGGUCACCGAGCUCGCCGACGGCGUCUUCGUCGCCAUGUCGCUCAACCACUGUGCCGCCGACGGGACGACGUUCUGGGACCUGUUCAACACAUGGUCGGAGAUCAGCCGAAACAAGAGCGGCAUAUCUACGGCGCCGCCACUCCGGGUUCAGAGGUGGUUCCACGACGGCUGCCCCGUGCCGAUCCCUCUGCCGUUCGCCAAGGUGCAAGACAUGGCCAGGCGGUUCGAGUAUCCGCCGGUGCAGGAAUGCUCGAUCCAUUUCUCCCCGGAGAGCAUAAAGAAGCUGAAGGCGAAGGCCAAUGCCGAGAUGGCCGGCACGGCCACGGCCACCAUCUCGUCUCUGCAGGCCCUGUUCGCGCACCUAUGGCGAGCGGUGUGUCGAGCCCGGGGGCUGGCGCCGGAGCAGGAGACGAAGCUCACGCUCCCCAUGGGAUGCCGGACACGCAUAAAGGGCAUUCCGCAGGGCUACAUCGGCAACGCGGUGGCAGGCGCAGUCGGCAGGACGCCCGUCGGCGAGAUCCUGGGAGACGGCCGGCUGGGCCGGACGGCGUGGCUCCUGAACCGCGCCGUCGCCUCGUUCGACGAGGCGGGCUUGACGGCCGAGCUCGCGUCUUGGUCCCGAAACCCCAGCUUCCGGUACGCGGCCGACUACGGCACGGAGCCUGCGGUGCUGGUGAUGAGCAGCUCGCCGCGGUUCGACGUGUACGGCAACGACUUCGGGUGGGGCAGGCCGGUGGCCGUCCGGAGCGGCGCCGGGAGCAAGCUGGACGGGAUGGUCACGGUGUACGAGGACGGCGGAGGGAGUGGCGGCAUGGAGCUGGAGGUGUGCCUCGCUCCUGAUGUGCUCGUCAGGCUCGUCGCCGACGAAGAGCUGAUGGGAGCGUCGGUAGGAGCUCGACUGGCCCGAGGCGGUAGGUGCACCGGCGGUGCAUCGGAGGAGUUUGCCGGUGGAGGCAUGCAUCAGUCAUACUCAUACAGUACUGCUGGUGAACUCAUGCCUGAGCCCCAGUACGAGAACCAAAUAAUGUCGCGCAAGAUGGAAGUCUAGAAACGUAGGAGGUACCACCACCGUGCUGUGCACAUGCAUGGAUGAAUGCGCUCUUCAUUGGAGCAAUGCUAUUCUUUACUCUGAGAUCUGUGCCUGCCGUUGAUGUAUUAUUGGUGAUGUACUUGAGUACUUUUAUGAGCAAGCAACAUUGAGGGAGUGAAGGGCCUGUGGAAUAAACAAGAGAGAAUUCUUUAUUUGGCCCUCUCUUAAAAUUUGGUUCCUUUUUGGCCCUAAAAGAUUUUUUUUCCUUUUCUGACACUCAAACUUCAUUUUGUUCCCUUUAUGACAUUUCCGUCAGUUUUACCAACUAACACCGUUAAAUACACAUGAAAAGUCCAUUUUACCCCUGGUGUAUUUUCUGACCAAAAUGGAAGUCAAAACAGUGGCAAUAUGAACUGGAAUAUAUUACCAAAUGAAACAAAAUCUGCAAUUAUCCCCUGUACAGUACAGUACACACAUGCACAAAUUUCAAUUGAAAAUUUGGACAGAGCCUCCCUUGUAUUUUGGAGGCAUAUCCCCUGUACAAUAUACAUAUGCACAAAAAACACACAUAAUUGCUCCAGGUUCACAUAUAUGCAAACAGCCCACAUAGCUGGUCAUCUACACACAUUCAGGUUCACAUAAAAGUGACAUACAAUAGUUCAGGUUCACAUAAAGAUGACAUAAUAGCCCAGGUUCACAACAGGUCGCAUAUAGCACGUAAAGAGGGUUCACAACAGGUCGCAUAUACCUAACUGAUUUACUUGUCACUAACAACAAAAUUAGCCAAGGGUAAUUUCGUCCUAAAUUCUCUAUAAUUUGGUGCCUUGGUCACCGUGCUCAAAAGAAUACACCUUAGAAAAGGAACGGAGGGAGUAGCACGUAAAGAGCCAAGGUCCACACAUAUAUCACAUAAACAGCUCAGUUUUCAAAAUGAAACAUGAUACAGAAAGUAAUGACAUGAGAAUCACAAACUAAGUCUUCUUUUGCUUCGUGUGCUCAUUGCAGGGCUAGCAGGGUUGAAUUUCUUGCUGCGUGUACCCAUUGCAGGGCUGUCAAGUGGCACCAUAGGAAGGUGCGGAGUAAUUUCAGCAAGCUCUUUGCUUUUUCUUUUGGCAUGUACCUUCACAGCAACAUGUGUUUUCUUUUUGGCGACAUCAUGUUCGCCACAAAUGGGUUGUGUUCUUGAU